AUGGCGCAAGAUGUCUCACAGACGGCAUCCAACAAUAUACAAUCUUCAUCGGCGACACCUACGACCUCGGAAGCAGUAGAAUCGUCGACUGCAACACCGACAUCGUCGGGUGAACCGACAAUCCACUCGGUCAAAGCUGGCGCCGGAGGCUUCAAAUUUACACCGCAGGAACUCCACAAUGUCUCCGUGGGCGACAUCGUCCAAUGGGAGUUUUAUCCACCGGAUCAUUCGGUCGUGAGAGCUGACCUGUCCACUGGUGCCAUCGUUGGCAUAGUAAUCGGUGGCGUGGCUUUCCUGGCAAUCUGUGCCGCUCUCUUCUUCUUCGUAGGCCGAUCCAAGUCGUUGAAGGAGGUUAUCAAACAGCGAGACGGUACGAAUACCCACGACCCACACAUGAGCCAACAGUACGGUCGCUCGGACUACGGUCAUGGAGGACUCCCAUCGCCAGGGUUUCAAUCACCAGCUCCUGGCUAUGCUACUCCACCGCCAGGACACUACCCAGACUAUGGCUUCAACUCGCCCCCAGGAUACGGUCAGCACAAUGUAGGAGAGCAGUACCCGUCUGGUUGGACUAGUCCCGGGCCCCAACAAGGCCAUAUGAGUAUGAUGAGCAAUGUCAGUGGGUUGUCGCAGCAACAGAUCGACCAACUAAAGCAUGCACAGAUGAACGGGCAACCUGCCGUAGCAGAGUUACACAGUCCACCGCUGGAGCAACAGUCUUUCUCGGCAGAGUUGGACGCAUCUGGGCGCAAUAAGCCAAAAUGA